GAGGAGUGAGCCGCUGCUUGAGAGAAGGAGAAAAGAGGCAACACUGUGGUCACAAAGGGGCUCAUGAGAAGCGGACCGAUACGGACGUUACCGCACAACACAGAUGGUGUUGUCCUUUGUGAGGAGGACCGCGUCGUCCACUCGGAGAGAUCCGGUAUAUGAAGAGUUAAGACUCGACAUCCCAACUGUUUAUUCCAGCAGCUAGCAGGCUAGCUGGCUACAUACCUAGGAGCUAGAAAUGGGAAGCCCGUGUGAGUUUGCUUGAUAGAGAUCUUCAUCGACCUUUGAAGAAGCUGUUUUCGGGUUAGACACCGGCGGCGGUGAUUUAAAGUAUCCGUCGCCCGCCUCGUAAGUAGCCGCAACUUUGAAGAAUGAUAUCAACUGAGCGCUAAGCAUUUUACUACUACAGACCCGGAGAGAGGAAAGAAAAAAGUCAAACAGGCCUGCUGGCUGGAGGUUGCAGACAAACACCAAGAAGUGAGAACAUGACUCACUGGCCUCUGCCAGAGACUGGCAGGGGGCAGAUGUGCCAACCUCGCCCCUGCCUGCCGCUUUAGAAGCCACCCCUGUUAACCAUGACGGAGAGGCAUUGAGGUUAGCUCCCUGACGAUCAUCUCAAUACCUCUCCUCCUCCCUAUCCCUCAAGAUCCCUUCCUCCCGCCCCCCGCCCCAUCCCCAUCAUGCUGCGCUUCCUGCCUCUCAAACUUGGCCGCCUGUACCGGUGUCUGAAGCUCCUGUUGGUGGUGGGAUUGUUUGUCAUCUUGUUGAUGAACACCCACAACCUGUUCGCCUCCUUCCAGAAGAAUGAGCUCACUGACAGACGCUUCAUCAACCUCAACAAGUGUCCUGCCUGCUUUGGCACCAGCUGGUGCCGCAAGUUCAUGAACGGCCAGGUUUCUUUUGAGACCUGGGGUCGCCUGCGAUUCCUGGACGUAUUCAAUGUCAAGAAUGUUUACUUUGCUCAGUACGGUGAGCCCAGGGAGGGCACCCGCCGCGUGGUUCUCAAACGGCUCGGCUCCAACCAGGAGCUGGCCGAGAUAGACCAGAAAAUCUGCAAAAGGGCCACAGGCAGGCCGCGAUGUGACCUCAUCCAGGCCAUGUACAAGACUGAAUUUGCCCGGAUCAACGGCGAUGUUCGUCUGCUCACUCCGGAGGUGGUGGAGGGCUGGUCAGACCUGGUGCACUGCCCCUCUCAGAGGCUGCUGGACCGUGUGGUCCGCAGGUACGCUGAGACCAAAGACUCAGGCAGCUUCCUGCUCAAGAACCUCAAGGACACAGAGAGAAUGCAGCUGCUCAUGACCUUGGCAUUCAACCCGGAACCACUCGUCCUACAGAGUUUUCCCUCAGACGAGGGGUGGCCGUUCGCCAAGUACCUGGGAGCGUGUGGGCGCGUGGUAGCUGUCAACUACGUGGGCGAGGAGCUGUGGAGUUUCUACAACGCUCCCUGGGAGAAGAGGGUAGACCUGGCGCGCCAGCUGAUGGACAUCGCCGAGCAGCUCACCAACAACGACUUUGAAUUCGCCCUCUACCUGCUCGACGUCAGCUUUGAUAACUUCGCGGUCGGCCCGCGUGACGGGAAGGUUAUUGUCGUUGACGCCGAGAACGUCCUCGUGGCAGACAAAAGGCUGAUCAAGCAGAACAAGCCAGAGAACUACGACGCGUGGUACGAGAGCCGCUUUGAGGAGUGCGACAGGGAGGCCUGCCUGUCUUUCUCCAAGGACUCCCUUUGUUCCAGGGUCACUGUGGACCACAACUACUAUGCCGUUUGCCAGAACCUGCUGUCGCGGUACGCUACGUGGCGGGGCACCACCGGAGGCCUCCUCCAUGACCCUCCCGCCCACAUAGCCAAAGAUGGACAGCUCGAGGCUCUGUUGGACGAGUGCACCAAACCCAAAAAGCGCUACGGCCGCUUCCAGGCGGCCAAGGAACUGCGUGAAUACCUCACACAGCUAGCUGCCGCUUCCUCCUCUGCUACGGCCAGGUAAUGAAUGGAGUCGGCGUUAGCCUUAAGCACUGAGAGACUAGAUCCUGUACUCUUUAUCUCCAGACUCUUGAGAUCCUGGUUCUUGUACAUGAUGUCAUUCGCUCCCCUUUGUGCAUUGGAGCAGGAAGGUGUUAGAGGUCUUGCAUCAGGAAGUGUAAGAAUCAAACUUCAAAGCAGAUUUGUUAAAGCUCAAGCUUUUACCUGGCUUUGCUCCUGUGUGAAAGACGAGUGUGGCACUAAGAGAUUCUGGUUAGAACCAGGAUAGAGAGGGGAUAGAGGUAACUUACCAGGGUGGGCAUGCCAUCGCUUGGGGUGGGGGGAGGAGGUAAGAAAGGGCUCUGGCAAACGCAUCCUUCACUGGACCCAGGCUAACGCAAACUAGAGCGUCCAAGCAACUGCAACAACAACAGCAGCAGCAGCAGCAACAUCGCACAGCCCUGACCACAUCCAUCCUGCUGUUCACUCCUCAAUCCAUCGGAAAACUGUUGUGUUUAAUAACAUUGAAUCUUAACACCUGUCUCAUUUUGCCUCCAGGAUCUGUUGUUGUUUUCUUUUCUUUUCUUUUCUUUUUUUUUUGUUUUUUUUUCCAGGGCUGAACUUAAGUAGAUUGGGUGUGUUUACAAUUUUAGCUGUGCCAUGGCUUUUUUUUUUUUCCUCUGUAGCAUGGCUGCAGGGAAGGUGGAGGUAGCAUGAAUCUCCUGCUGUCAGGCAGCAGGGAAGGCCAAGCUACUGCAGAUAGAGAAGAAAGAGGCAGAGGGUUGGGGGUUUGGUUUCCAUGCAGGAGGAAAAGAAAACCCUUGAUGGCUAUAUAAGUCUAAUUUCCUGCUACUUCAAUCAAUCACUCGAUUUCCAGGUUCCAGGAUUGUGGCAAUCAUCUUUUUUUAUUUUUUUCUUUCUGAGUGUUUUUUUUCCCCCCCUUUCAUAGGAACCAGAGAGAGUGAGACAGCAGCACAUAGGAAAAGGAGAGGGGUAAUUAGACAGUGGUGGUCCCUUGAUGCAGAUGUGCCUAUACCAAAGAGGCUAUAUGUAAUAUUAAAAACCCUGAGCAGUACAGAGUGACAGCACCUUUCCCUCCAGUUGUUCCCCACUAGAGCUGUCCAAAGGAACCUUAAUGUGUACACAAUCUUGUAUGCACUGGCAGGCCUGCAUACUGAUUUCCUCUUCAGUAAGAACCAAGACAAAGAUCGGCAAUGCUUAAUGUCACAUAAGCCCCUCUGUUUUGUUAAUCUCCCUUAGGAUUGGUAAAUGAUGAUCAGUUAGACUUAGAUAUUUUUAUUUUCUUCAGCAAGGUAGAAGAAGCUCGACUGAAAGAAAGGGGAAAACGAAGCCAUUCUUCGGAGGACUAGAAAACAGGAUAAAACUGCUUAGUAGUGGCCUCCAGUGCCAGAUUCUCUUUAGAUAUCUGUAAUUUAUAAAUGAAUCCUAUUGUCGAACUUCUCCCACUGGUGCUGGGUGCCGUAAGCUCUUUCAAGUAAAAGGGGUAAAAGAAAAAAAUUGGGAAUGAAGAAUUUUUUUUCCU